AUGGCGGGACAGUCGCGGAAAUGGAUGAUUCUGGUGGCGACGAUCUGGAUUCAAGCCUUCACCGGCACGAAUUUCGAUUUCUCGACGUACUCGUCGAAUUUGAAAUCGGUUCUGGGAAUCUCACAGGUACAAUUGAACUAUCUCGCCGUCGCUUCCGAUCUCGGCAAAGUUUUCGGAUGGUCAUCGGGACUUGCACUUAUGUAUUUCCCUCUCUGGACGGUCCUCUUCGCGGCGGCGAUUAUGGGUUUCGUCGGUUAUGGUCUUCAGUGGCUCGUCAUCACUAACAUCAUCUCUUUGCCUUACAUUUUGGUGUUUCUAUGUUGUUUGUUAGCUGGGCUAAGCAUCUGUUGGUUUAACACAGUCUGCUUUGUGCUCUGCAUUAGAAACUUUCCUGCAAACAGAUCACUUGCUCUUUCUCUUACAGUGAGCUUCAAUGGCGUGAGUGCUGCUUUAUACACUCUUGCUUUCAACGCAAUCAACCCUGUUUCCACACAGCUUUACCUUCUCUUAAACGCCCUUAUACCUCUUAUAGUCUCCUUCGCUGCUCUCAUCCCUAUUCUUCGCCAACCGCCUCUCGAGCCUCUCCCACCAGAUGGAGUUCGUAGAGACUCGUUCAUGUUUCUCCUGCUCAACGUUUUAGCGGUCUCGAACGGUGUGUAUCUGCUUCUCUUCCGUUCAAAGACUCCAGAUGUAACCUCGGCUCGUCUGCUCUUUGGUGGGUCAAUUCUUCUCUUGAUUCUCCCUCUUUGCCUUCCUGGUCUGGUCUAUGCUCGCAGUUGGUACAUGCACAAUAUACACUCCAGUUUCCGUCUAGAAAACUCCGGUUUCAUUCUCGUUGAUGUUGAUGAGCUUGAGAUCCAUAAAGGAUUGAUGACACGUCAAGCCAGUGGCGAAGGCUACCAGUUGCUAAACGAUGAUAUGGUUCGAACCGCGGUUACUCAUGUUCAGAAGAGUUUCAUUGAAGACGACAGCGAAGGUUGUUGCAAUGGGCUCAUUGCAAGAAACCAGCUUGGAAUGCUUGGAGAAGAGCAUCCUCUGUCUUUGCUCUUGCGAAGAUCAGAUUUCUGGCUUUACUAUAUAGCGUAUUUUUGCGGUGGCACGAUCGGACUUGUCUAUAGCAACAACCUUGGACAGAUUGCACAGUCUUUAGGACAGAGCUCUGAGACCUCAACUCUUGUCACACUUUAUUCGUCUUUCUCAUUCUUCGGUCGGUUGCUUUCAGCUACACCAGACUAUAUCAGAGCGAAGGUUUACUUUGCGAGAACCGGGUGGCUAACCGUUGCUCUUUUACCAACCACGGUAGCUCUUUUCUUGCUGGCGUCAUCAGGAAGUUUGGCAGCGUUACAAGCAGGAACGGCUCUGAUCGGUCUAAGCUCGGGUUUUAUAUUUGCAGCAGCGGUUUCUAUCACGUCUGAGCUGUUUGGACCUAACAGCGUCGGGGUUAACCAUAACAUCCUGAUCACAAACAUACCGAUUGGAUCGUUGGUGUACGGUUUCUUAGCUGCGGUGGUCUAUGAAUCCCAUAGCGUGGCUGGGUCAAAGACCGGGUCAGUUAUAUGUAUGGGACGAGACUGUUAUUUCCUAACCUUUGUGUGGUGGGGAUGCUUGUCCGUGGUUGGACUAGCUUCAAGUGUUGUCUUGUUUCUGAGAACUAGAAGAGCUUAUCAACGUUUUGAACAAGAUCGGAUUACUUCAAGCAUGCUUUAUUCUUAG